AUGUUGAGGGAGCCUCCAGUCCUGAGAGUUCCACGCCCGAAACGUAGUGACGGCAGUGGAGGUGGAGGCGAGAGCCUAGUGAGCCUCGGGGCUCAACGAAGCACACGGAGGUUCGCCCACCUCCUGUACACCCUCGCUCAAGCCUACCGUCACGUCGCUAGCGGUACCUACGCCACCAGGAGGGACGUGUACUACCAGUGUGUGUGGUUGUAUGGUACUCAGGCAGGGCUGGAUCGUUCAGCCGAAGACCUGGUCAGGAUGCUGGGUGUUCCUCGUAGUGGUCUCCACCUGACUAUCACUGGUAAGGGCCUCGUUGCUGGAGCCCUCACUUACACUACCUGCGACGGUACCAUCGUCAAUGUCAGCCAGGCACAGAACGGUAUGCUUGUCCCUGAGAGCGUGGAGGGGAUGACGGGAGUGGUAUCCGACGCCAGAUACAUCCUAGUAGUCGAGAAGGAUGCCACUUUCCAGCGUCUAGUGGAGGCCCAGGUACACCGGUCCUAUGGUCCAUCUAUCAUCAUCACGGGUAAGGGAUACCCCGACGUAUCGACACGGCAGCUGGUACACCGUCUGUGGUCCGUGUUGAGAGUACCAGUACUGGCCCUCACAGAUGCUGACCCGUAUGGCCUACACAUCGCUGCUCUCUACAAGUUUGGUGCUUGGUUGUUGCGGGAGGACGCUGGUUUGGCUGUCAGUAGCCUAGCCUGGCUCGGGGUAUUGCCCACUGAUCUGCGGGCCUUACAGCUCCCUGCCUACGCUCUCCUGCCACUAACGCCCACAGACCACGGCAAGCUGGCUUCUCUCGCCGCCCACCCCGCCCUCUCCAGGAGCCCAGGAUGGCUUAGACAGAUUCAGGAGCAGCAAAACUCUGGCUUUAAGGCGGAGAUUCAGAGCCUGACCCACAUCCGACCUGACUACCUCACUUCCGUCUACCUGCCUACCAAGCUCCGACAGGCAGGGUGGGUUCUCUGAACCCACUCUUGAUGAAAGACACUCUUAUCUUUCCCCUCAGGUAGAAGUCGACUCUUCAAAUUCAAGAAAUUUCGCUAUUGGUAGAGAAAAACACCGCAGACAAAGAGUGGAAUACGUGGCUUCUGCUGGUGUUUAGAAAGGUUGCCAGGACCAGUGUGCUUACGACUGCUUUUGCAGGCAGAGUGAUAUAGGGGAGAGGGAGGAAACGUUUGCAGUCAAAACCACAAAAAAAAAAUACACAUAUAAAUAUUAAAGUUCCCCCUUUUAAUGUUUAUUUUUACUACUAGUGUGAUACUGUGUAUUUUCAUUGUAUGUGUGUACACACUUUUCUUUAUUUUACUUUUGUUUUACACAAAAUGAUAAUAAAUUUCAGUUUUCUACACAGUAAAUUUUAGUAUUUUACACAAAAGUGUUUUCGAUUUAAUAUUGGGCUCAGGAUGUUUGGAAAGAGGGUUUUCAUUUUAUUCAUUAAGGAAUUUAUUUCUCUACAAGGACACCAUCUUGUGCUCUCGCUUCAAGACGAGGCUAUUGUUAAUCUUAUAUUCUCAACAACCUAAGUCAUGCUAUUAUAAUAUGCUUCUAGAACUUGAUAGACGUUACAUGAAGGGCAUAAUAAUUAUGCUUGUAGAAUAUGAGAAUAUUAUUUUGUACUUUAUUUUUGUGGCUGUCGAUAGAUAUUGUUGACAGUUUUCAAUAUAUAUAAGCAUAAAAGUUUAGUUUGCUGAAUACAUCGUCGUUUUUAUGAACGAUUAAAAAAUAUCAAGACUGGUUUAUUUCUCUACAAAGCAAAUUCACCAAAGGUAAUUUGUUUUCCCUCGGAAUAAUUAGUGUUGAUAAUUACUUGAUAAAACUAUGUAUUUUUGUUCAUGUAUUUCAUAAAUGCUAA